AUGAACCUCAAGACUCGUUCGCAAGCGAAAGCACAACGGCAACCUUCUCCCAAAAUCAAUUCGAAGCCCGCAGCAUCGAAAGCCAAGAAUGACGAUUCACCUCGUGCAUCGAGCGCGGUUCGGGAGAAAUCGACCGAAAUUGCGGAUACGAAAGCCAAACGAGUGCGCACUGGAUGUUUGACAUGCCGCGAGAGGCAUCUCAAAUGUGACGAAGCAUUGGGGCGGUGUCUGAACUGUCGCAAAUCCGACAGGGUCUGUCGGCGCGGUAUUCGCUUGAACUUUAUCGACAUUCAAACAGUGGCGCCUCCGCAUACAAUUGCCCGACCUCGCGGUGCAAAAGUGACUUUUCGAGAUGAUUCUCGCUUCAUCGCGUCGGAAUACGUGGGGGGGUCCGAAAGGUACCCUCCGCUUCAGCCUGAGAGUCCCAUCGACGAGCGCAGAGAACUAGAUCAUGACGCUUUCAACGUAUUGGAUCACGAUCAGUUAGCGAGUCUUUUUCAAUCCGUGGCCCAUACUUUUGAUCCUGCCGCAUUGGAUCUCUCUCAUGCCGGCGCUGCAGACUUCCUCGGUGCUUCAGAGGCUUGGCAUAUCCACGAUACACACUUCCUGCCGGGCGACGAAUUGCUGCCGCAUGGAACAUCUGCUUUUGCACGCAGGCUCGUGGCGAGACAGUAUCCCCCAACUUCUCUGUGCGAUCCAGAACAGAUUCUUCUCCUGCGAGCAUAUGUUGAUGAGGUCGGAUGCUGGAUGGAUUCGCUGGUCUCGACACGAUAUUUCUCCCACAUUCUCCCUAUGCAUGCUCUCGGGGAACCGGUCUUGCUCAAGGCGUUCUUGGCUUGUGGCGCUCGACAUCUGUCGCUCGUUGACCCAUCGUUUGACGUCAACAAGGCUACCAAGCAUUAUGACGAAGCCACAGAAGACCUGAUGAUUGCCAUGCACGAUCCAAACCGUGAUUCGGUUCUCUGCACAACCGCUGCUUUGGUGCUCAGUAUCUACGAGAUUAUGGCGCCCCAACAAUCACCGAGCGCUAAUCAUAUUGCGGGUUCGAGAGCUCUAAUUCGUGAAUGUGGAUGGACGGCCCGAACGCCUGGUCUAGGAGGUGCAUCUUUCUGGAUCAGCGUGGGCAUGGAGCUGCUGAGCGCAUUACAUUACAAGUGGACUUUGUCUUGGAACCCUGACACCUGGGGUGUGGAUAUGAACAUGCAUCAACAUACUCCUCACGCCCACUUACUUGGAAAUUCCGAGGAGCUUUGGCUCCACCGGAUCAUCUAUAUCUGCGCGAAAAUCGCAAAUUUUCGAAUCACCGCCGAAUCGCUUCAAUCGAUCAAUGGCUCAUUAAGCUAUGCGAAUGAGUUGAGUGACGUUUACACGGAAUGGUCUCAUUAUGAAUUGUUAUGUCAACAAUGGCAUGAGCACGCCCCCAGAACACUGAAGCCUUUGGGCCAUGUAGCUCCCUGGCAGGCACAAAAUACGUCCUCAUUCCCCUGGAUUUGGCUUCCGAGUCGGCUUGCGACCGUCUCUCAGCUGUUCUAUCAUACGGCCUGUCUUAUGCUCGGUAAGGCUCAUCCUUUGCAAGCUGAGUAUCAUCGGAAAAUGCAACAGACGCAUGCGCAUGAUAUCUGUGGCAUCGCAGCGAAUACAAAGGACAAGGGAAUUAUUAAUGUGUCAAUCCGAUGCCUCGCUCUCGCCGCGGAAUGUCUGAAGACCGAGGAUUCACAGAAGGAGGUGCUCGCUAUCUUUGACACUCUCGUGAAGAAUACCAGUUGGCAUGCCGGGCCGAUACAAGAAGAACUCAAACAGAUCUGGGGUGUCUCUCAGUCCCAACCCGAGACAAUGGAUCCCACGCAGUUGUACCACCUUCAUUUUGGGUUGGAUCCAGGCUUGUCAAUACCCAAGGGUCCAGAAUUUCCCCCUGGAUUGUCCAACCCUCUCCUUGAUGUGGGUGACUUCUCGAUGGAAAAUCACCCAUAUCAGGAACAUUACGUUGCGCCCCAUCACCACGGGUUGGAUCCUCAUUUGCUCUCGUCGUAUAUCUCUUGA